AUGAGCAGGAGGUGGAUAAAGAACCCGAAUAGAUGCGCAGACGAAUACUUGGAUGGAAUUAAGGAUUUUAUUGAGUUUGCACGUAGACACAAUCCGGGUGCAACUGAAAUCCGUUGUCCUUGUAGAAGGUGUAACAACACGUUGUGGGAGACAAUUGAAAAUGUUGGAUUUCAUUUAGUAAUGAAUGGAAUGAUUGAGACAUAUAGCAUUUGGAACCUUCACGGGGAACAAUUAGACAAUGCUUCGUCUUCAAAUGUCACAAGAGUGGACAAUGUUGAACCUAUUGUGAAUCCUAAUGAACAAGUCAUGGAUAUUAUAAAAAAUGUUUUUCCAUUUGUAUUGACCAACAUCAAUCAGGAAGGGGAAGAUGACGUGCCUACACCAAUGGACAGUGCAGAGUUUGAACAAUAUGAAAAACUGUUAAAAAAUGCCAACCAAGAGUUAUACCCGGGGUGCGAGAGCUUUUCCGUUCUCACGGCCAUUAUGGAGCUAAUACACGAAAAACGGGUAGAUGACGAUAUGAUGCGGCAUCCUGCAGAUGAGGAAGCAUGGAAAGAGUUCAAUCAAAUGUUCCCGAGUUUGCUGCUGAUCCCUGAAAUGUUAGAUUGGGACUUGCCACUGAUGGAUUCAAUCCGUACAGGAUGGUUGCCAUGGGAUCACGAGUGGCGGGAAAAGGAUAAAGAGUUCGACGAGAACACAGAGCGUGGCCUCAGACCUAGAGAAUGGUCUGGUGAUGAGAUCUUGGAACAACUUAGCCGUUUGGAUUUUGCUCCGUUCGGGAAAAUAGUUAGUCGGACCAGACCUUCUACACAUUUGAACUGGACGCAUAAGUCUAUGUUCUUUGAGCUCCCAUAUUAG